CACAGAGACCAAUCAACCUCAUAAUAUCUCUCCCGGCAACGCCCGCACCCGAUCUGUACUCCACACAGCUCACCAAGCCUCCCCCCACCUCUGACCUGUCCACGUCUCUUGGGCGCGAGCGUCGCGCCGGCCGUUGCCCCGAUGACCGGCGCCGCCCCAGAGGCCCCGGCGCGGCCGCGGCGGCUGACGGUGCUCCCCCUCGUCGCGCUCAUCUUCUACGACGUCUCGGGUGGGCCCUUCGGCAUCGAGGACUCGGUCCGCGCAGGCGGCGGCGCGCUGCUCCCGCUCCUCGGCUUCCUCAUCCUCCCGGCGCUCUGGUCGCUCCCGGAGGCGCUCGUCACCGCCGAGCUCGCCUCGGCCUUCCCCACCAACGCCGGCUACGUCGCCUGGGUCUCCGCGGCGUUCGGCCCCGCCGUGGCCUUCCUCGUGGGGUUCUCCAAGUGGGCGUCGGGUACGCUCGACAACGCGCUCUACCCGGUGCUCUUCCUCGACUACCUCCGCUCCGGCGGCGGGCUCGUGCUCCCUCCGCCGCUCCGCUCGCUCGCCGUGCUGGCCCUCACCGCCGCACUCACCUACCUCAACUACCGCGGGCUGCACCUUGUCGGCCUCUCCGCGCUCGCGCUCACCGCCUUCUCCCUCUCCCCGUUCCUCGCGCUCACCGUGCUCGCCGUCCCCAAGAUCCGCCCCUCCCGCUGGCUCUCCAUCAACGUCAACGCCGUUGACCCGCGCGGCUACUUCAACUCCAUGUUCUGGAAUCUCAACUACUGGGACAAGGCGAGUACGCUAGCGGGCGAGGUCGAGGAGCCGAGGAAGACGUUCCCCAAGGCAGUGUUCGGCGCGGUGGGGCUCGUCGUUGGCGCGUACCUCAUCCCGCUGCUGGCCGGCACCGGCGCGUUGCCAUCGGAGACGGCGGCCGAGUGGACCGACGGCUUCUUCUCCGAGGUCGGGCAGAGGAUUGGCGGGCCCUGGCUGCGCGUGUGGAUCCAGGCUGCCGCCGCCAUGUCCAACAUGGGGCUCUUCGAGGCCGAGAUGAGCAGCGACUCCUUCCAGCUCCUCGGCAUGGCCGAGAUGGGCAUGAUCCCCGCCAUCUUCGCCCGCAGGUCGAGGCACGGGACGCCGACGUACAGCAUCCUGUGCUCGGCGACGGGGGUGGUGAUCCUCUCCUUCAUGAGCUUCCAGGAGAUCAUCGAGUUCCUCAACUUCCUCUACGGGCUGGGGAUGCUCGUCGUGUUCGCGGCCUUCGUCAAGCUACGCGUCAAGAACCCGGACCUCCCCAGGCCGUACCGGAUCCCCGUCGGCGCCGUGGGGGCCGCGGCCAUGUGCGUCCCGCCUGUCUUGCUCAUUGCCACCGUCAUGUGCCUCGCGUCGGCCAGGACGUUUGUCGUCAGCGCCGCCGUGGCCGUCGCCGGGGUCGCGCUGUACUACGGCGUCGAGCACGCCAAGAGGCGCGACUGGAUCGAGUUCUUGGCCCCGGUGUCACCAGCCGACAGCUCACAUGGAUCAAUCACGGCGCCUGAUGCCGCCGACGUCGAGGAUGUCCGCGCCGUGCUGCUCGCCGACGAGCCGGCCGACGAAGGUAGCGGCAAGGUCGAGUAGCGCAUGAAGAUCUGCAUUUGCACAUACACAUGAACCGGAAUCCGUGUGUGCCGUUUACUGUACAGUAAUUUCCGUAAAUGCAUUUGGCCAUACAUCGUAUAGGGCGCUCUGAAGGGAUAGUGUUCAUCAGAAGUUCAGAACUUCAAACCAAUUGCUACUGAAGUCUGAACCCUGAAAGAAAGGAACAUAUCUCAACUUGUCAAAAUUAUUUUUGUUUUGGCUCUUGAGUGUAACGUAGGUGAGAGGUGUCAGUUUGAGAAGAAGCUAUGUUUGUUCAGUUGCACAGAUAGGUUGUACUGUAGUCAACUUCUUUCUUCAGUAAAGUGCCGCAACACAGAAAAUUUGUACGGUAACUAUUCAGAAAUGUUUUCAUAACACUAGGUUGGAUACAUCUGGAGAAUGAACAGCGUCACUUAAUUUGGUAUGGCUGUUUCCUGCCAGAUUAUUGCAACUUCGAUUC